AAAGGAAAACAUCAAAGCAAGAGAUGAUAUUGUGAUUAAUGGAACUAAUUUCAACAUCUCCGGAAAACCUGAAGUGAUGAUAGGAGACAGUACGUGUGACGUUGUAGCCUUUAACACAACGACAAUAACCUGCAAGGCGAUGGAACUACCGGCCGGCAAUUACUCUCUGGCCGUCCGAGACAAAAAAUACGGCUGCUCGAAUGAGCAGUUUAGUGACGUUCGACCUUUCGAUCACGUCGAUCGAGCCACCCAGAGGUGGCUUCGGUGGCGUCAUUAUAAACAUCACAGGCGUCGGAUUUGAUCCGGCUGGUCAAAGAACCACGGUUACUGUCUGCAAUGCUUCUUGCUCUAUCACGAGAUCCUCAUAUAAUUCCCUCACGUGCCAGGUGCCUCCAACGGAUCCAGGUACCUUAAAAAGUAAGGACUGUGACAUAACAGUAACCAAUGAAAAUGGGCCGCUGGAAACAUCUAAGAAUGGAUUCACCUACAACGCCUCCUUGACUCCUUCCAUCCUUGAUGUCACGCCGAGGAGGGGAGGCACUGCAGGUGGCACCAGGAUAAAAAUCAAUGGCACUGGGUUUUCGUAUGUAUAGUGUUGGGUUCUUUUUAAUUGAACAUCUGGGGAAUCUAGAGUAUGUUUUCAACUGCGAAAAAAAUACCAUUGCAAGCAUAAAGAUAAAGCAGGAAGAGUGACAAAUCAGUGGCAGUAUUUAAUACAUUAUAAGUGCAAGACAUAAGGCACUCAACUCUGAUUGAAAUAUACUAUCUCUCACUGUGUUACUGUUUAGUUUGAGUAAUUUGUAGUUGAAAAUGUAAGUACCUUUGAUAUUAAAAGUCAGCAGCAUUUGCAUGCUGCAGAUGCAAAUACGAAUUUCCAUGAACUGCAGAUCGUGACGUAGCGUUUUUAAUUUGUGCCAUCACAUCUACAUUAUGUGUCAACAAAUAAUUUUAUGAAACUCUAGGUCAAA